UUCCAAAACCUCAUGCAUGUUACCUAUCUGACUCCAAUUUGAAACUUGAAAACUUGUUUUUAAACACUCCUCACUACUUUAUAGUUUUUAUCAUGUACACUUCUAGGGAGUGUUUAUGAUGUUGUUAAUUGUUAUUUGGCGUCUUGUUCUAAAUUCUUGUGACCUUUCUGUGCAGCUAGCUAAGUAAGAAGCACUUUUAUUGGACAUGUCAGCAUCUUCUGUUGCCAUCACCAACAACAACGUCAACAACAAGCUUCAAGGCCAAAGUCUAUUCCUUUCUUCUUCUUCUUCUUCUUCUUCUUCUUCUUCCUCUGUGAAGAGAGAAGAAGAGACCAUGAUGCAGAAUCAAGGCAUCAUCACCAUUUUCGACUCAAACACAAACACAAUUUCUCCUGCUUCUUCUAUGCCAAGAGCUCUCUCGGCAGACAUGUCCUCAGAGAACUUCCUCUCUCAAACCAUUGCUCUUUCCGAAGAAUUCGUGCAUGCCAAAACCAUUGACGACUCGGAAGAUGAAGAGAGCAAUGACAAGGAGCUUGACGAUGAAGCUGAAAGAGAGAGGCUCGAGAUUUGGAGUUCCAUCCAACGGAACAAGAAGGAGGAGCAAGAGAAAUCAGGGUCAUUUGAUACGUGGAGCUCAAUCAUAUCCCUGAAAGGAAAAGAUGAAAUCUCGAAAUCUCUUCCUGCGUCACUUUAUGUUCAUCCUCUUGUGAAAAGGACCAAGAGUUGUUUGAGUGAGAAGAGCCUCCAAAUCUGCACAGAGAGUCUCGGAUCCGAGACUGGCUCUGAUGGGUUGUUGUCCUCUUCUUAUUCUUCUACUGAGACAGGGGAUGCAGAGGAACAAGAGAAAGUUGCAGAACCAACACACCAAGAAGAAGAAGAGUUGAGCAAUUAUGCAUCAGUAGUGGUGGCUACAAAGAAGGCUUCGUCACCAACACGUGCUUUCCCUCCGCCACUCCCUUCACUCUCUCAUCAACAAGCCGGUCCUUCACUUCACAUGCGUUCACGCCGUGACAACGGAAGGUUGGUUCUAGAAGCUGUUUCGGUCCCUUCUCACAACAAUUUCAGCAUUCAGCGCCAAGGUGGUCGCCUCGUCCUCUCUUUCUCCAACCACCAAGAAGAGGAUGAGGAGGAGGAGGAAGAAGAAGAGAAUGAUGAUUGUGUGGAGCAAGAAUACUCAGGAGGGUUGGAGUUUGAGGAAGAUGAGGCAGACGCGGAAGAAGAAUACGCUUUUGGGACGAAAGGACACUUAUUGUCUAGUGGGGUGACAAGUAAUGUUCAAGGGUUGGCUUUGAUGACGAAUAAUAAGAAAAAGACAAUCGGGGUAUUGAACAGGAGUCCAAAGUGGACGGAGAAGUUCAAUGAGAUGACCAGUUUUAAUGAUGCUAAUGUGGCACAAUCGCUGCCCCCGAGGCCAAGGGUGGCAAGGUUGAUUCCAUCAGCACCAGCGGUGGCUGCAGCUGCAGCUUCUUUCAAUUUCAAUGCUUAUGAGUACUAUUGGAGGUCCAACUCUGCUCCAUCAAAAGGUACGAGUGUUAAACUUAACCCACUUGACCAAAACAAAAAACAUCAUCAGAACCAUCAAGAGAACAUGAAGAGCAAGGUUGUUGUCUCCAGGGACAUGAACAAGAUGGUCCCAAGGGAGCAACAACAGGUGUUGGUUCUAAGAGGGAAGAAUGGUGAUUACUUGGUUCACAAUCUGAAGAGUUGCAAGGAUUCUAGAAGGUCGUUUCUGUUCUGGGAACCCUAUUGCAUUGCCACCUCUUGAGUCAGUGACAAACAACUAAUCCAAAAUCCAUUGCUCAAAACGCUAAUUAUUGCUUCAUCAUCCUUUUAUCUCUACCUGGUUCCAGUCUUUGAGGGAGUUGUUUAGUGCAAUCAAAUAAAGGAAAAGGGAGCGGAAGAAAAGGACAGUGAGAGAGAGAGAGAGGAGAAAAUACUUUAUUUGUGUUGUAAGACGAGAGAGAUGACUUGAACAGUGUUGUCAUAUAUAAUACUAUUUAUCUGUCUGUAUUUGCUAUUGGCUAAUGGUUUAAUACGUACACAACGUAAUCUUAGCUCAUCUUUGACUUGG